ACGAGACAUACAGACAAACAUACACCACCAUGAACGCAAUUAAGUUGCAGCGAAAAUUCCCGCAGUUUACUCAGCAGGAUGUUUUCCAGCUGAUCAAUGACUUUCGAAACAUCGACGUGGAUGACAAGGGCUCGGUUGACCAACAGACCAUCAUCCAGGCAGUUUCUAAGACUGAGCGCGGUACUACCUACGACCAAAUUCGCUCUACUCUGAAACAAUGUAGCAUUGAUGCCACCGGUCGCGUCGAGUUGGAUGACUACGUGGAGUUGAUGUCAAAGCUGCGCGACACCAGUGCUCCAGCUCAGAACGCUCCCGCUACCCCCGGAAAGCCUUCCGCAUCGAAGAAGACCGUCCAGGGAUCUAGUGCAAACGUUUCUCACACUAUCAACGCCGACGAACAGACCGAGUUCACCAGACACAUCAACUCCGUCCUUGCCGGUGACUCUGAUGUCGGAGACCGCCUUCCCUUCCCCACCGAUACUUUCCAGCUGUUCGACGAGUGUAAAGAUGGUCUUGUGUUGUCCAAAAUGAUUAAUGAUGCUGUACCGGACACUAUCGACGAGCGUGUUCUCAACAAGGGCAAGGGUGGAAAGAGGAUCAACAACUUCCAGAUGACCGAGAACAACAACAUCGUUAUCAACUCUGCAAAGGCUAUCGGAUGCUCCGUCGUCAACAUUGGUGCACAGGAUAUCAUUGAUGGAAGGGAGCACUUGAUUUUAGGUCUUAUUUGGCAAAUCAUCCGUCGUGGUUUGCUUGGCAGAAUCGAUAUCAAGUACCACCCUGAGCUCUACCGUUUGUUGGAGGAGGACGAGACACUCGAGCAGUUCCUUCGUCUUCCCCCUGAGCAGAUUCUUCUCCGCUGGUUCAACUACCACCUCAAGGCUGCGGGCUGGCACCGUCGUGUCACCAACUUCGGCAAGGACGUCAGUGAUGGUGAGAACUACACCGUCCUCCUUAGCCAACUCGGCCCCAACGUCUGCUCUCGUGCUCCUCUCCAGACCCAGGACCUCUUGCAGAGGGCGGAGGAAGUCUUGCAGAAUGCUGAGAAGCUCGACUGUCGCAAGUACUUGACCCCUACCGCACUCGUUGCUGGUAACCCCAAGCUUAACUUGGCUUUCGUUGCCAACUUGUUCAAUACCCACCCUUGUCUCGAGCCUCUGGAGGAACACGAGCGUCCCGAGAUUGAGGACUUCGAUGCAGAGGGUGAGCGUGAAGCCCGUGUCUUCACUCUCUGGCUCAACUCCUUGGACGUCCAGCCUGGUGUGCACGACUUGUUCGAGGAUCUCAAGGAUGGUCUGGUCUUGUUGCAGGCGUAUGAUAAGGUCAUCCCUAACAGUGUUAACUGGAGACACGUCAACAAACCCCGUGCCGAGGGCCAGGAGCUGUCUCGCUUCAAGAUGGUCGAGAACACCAACUACGCCGUGCAGCUCGGUCUUGACAACCGUUUUUCCCUCGUCGGUAUUCAGGGUGCUGAUCUCACUGACGGUCAGAGAACGUUAACUUUGGGUUUGGUGUGGCAAUUGAUGAGGAAGAAUAUCGUCAAGACCCUUGCUGCUCUUUCCAAGGGUGGACGGGAAUUGACUGACGGCGACAUGGUCAAGUGGGCGAACGAGAUGGCUUCCAAGUCCCGAUCAAGGCGUUCUCAGCCUAUCCGUUCCUUCAAGGAUCCAGCUUUGAGGGACGGUACGUUCUUGUUGGAUGUGCUUGAGGGACUGAAGCCCGGAUACGUUGACUAUGAACUCGUUACCUCUGGACGAUCCGAUGAGGAUUGCUUGCUGAACGCCAAGUUGGCUAUCUCUAUCGCGAGAAAGGUCGGAGCUUUGAUUUUCUUGGUACCGGAGGAUAUCGUAGAUGUUCGCUCAAGGUUGAUCUUGACGUUUAUCGGAUCGUUGAUGUCGGUGCAGUAA